CAAGCAAAUAAGAGUAAUCACCAAAUCUUCAACAUCUUUUAUCAUCAAAAACUCCAACCACACUCUUUUCUUCCUUGAUCAACUGGUAGAAGAAUGGCCAUCCUUAUGCCUCGGCUAAUUAAAGCGAAAAAAGUUCUCCGAAGAUCAUUUUCAAAUGAAAGAAGCACAUUAACGGAUAUCCCAAAAGGCUAUCUUGCUGUUUACGUUGGAGUAGAAGACAAGAAGCGAUUUAUAGUUUCUGUUACACUGUUAAGCCAACCCUCAUUUCAAGAAUUACUACGCCAAUUUGAGGAAGAGUUUGGAUACGAGCAUCCGAUGGGUGGCCUCACAAUUCCAUGUAAUGAAGACAUAUUCAUUGAUGUUGCUUAUCGCUUAUAAAUUUCUGACAUUUUUUUUGUAGCAUAGUCUGUAUAUCACUAGUUUAGUUACCAAAACCAGUAUGUUUUGUAGAUUAGUAGAUAGAAAUCACAGAUGUCUUUUAUAUGAAAUGCAAAGUAGCAAUUAUUCAUGAUAUGAAAACACUCUCCUUCAACAAA